AGGUGGCGGCGGCGGAGUUGAGGGUCAAGAUGCGGUCGGCGCCACGAGCUGCAUCCAUUCUCCCCGAUUCCGCGCCCUCAGCGGGCGUCCGCCCUGAGCUGCGGGGUCCCUGAUCUCCUGGCACCUUGAGGUGGAAAGUGAGAAGGGUGGAGAAGGGUGUCUGUUCCACUGAUUCCCCCUCCUCCUCCUCUUGGUCUCCUAGAGCUAAGGGCAAGUCCUAGAGGUUGGGCCCAGGAGAAAAAAGGCCAGGGGACAUUGUCCCAGGUAGGAUGGGUCCCAGCAGGAAAGGACAGACAGGUUACUUUCGCCCCCUUGAUAGUCUCCCUGCUACUUUGGGUUGAUGCAGGGAAUUUCAUGGAAGAUCGUGCAGUGCUGCUUGCGAACAGGAACAAAGUGUGCUGUGCAAGGAGUGACGCAUUUUAAGGAAUGGCAUUGCCCUUCCCAGAAAGUGGAGAGAGGAAAUUGCAAAAUAGUGAGUGGACCUUCUGAUACUGCUCCUCCUUGAGUGGAAAAGGGGAAAGAACUGCAUGCGUAUUCAGCGUCCUGUAUUCAAAGGAUAUUUUUGGUGAUCUUGGAAGUGUCUGUAUCAUGGAAUCAAUCUCUAUGAUGGGAAGCCCUAAGAGCCUUAGUGAAACUUUUUUACCUAAUGGCAUAAAUGGUAUCAAAGAUGCAAGGAAAGUCACUGUAGGUGUGAUUGGAAGUGGAGAUUUUGCCAAAUCCUUGACGAUUCGACUUAUUAGAUGUGGCUAUCAUGUGGUCAUAGGAAGUAGAAAUCCUAAGUUUGCUUCUGAAUUUUUUCCUCAUGUGGUAGAUGUCACCCAUCAUGAAGAUGCUCUCACAAAAACAAAUAUAAUAUUUGUUGCUAUACAUAGAGAACAUUAUACCUCCCUGUGGGACCUAAGACAUCUGCUUGUGGGUAAAAUCCUGAUUGAUGUGAGCAAUAACAUGAGGAUAAACCAGUACCCAGAAUCCAAUGCUGAAUAUUUGGCGUCAUUAUUUCCAGAUUCUUUGAUUGUCAAAGGAUUUAAUGUUGUCUCAGCUUGGGCACUUCAGUUAGGACCUAAGGAUGCCAGCCGGCAGGUUUAUAUAUGCAGCAACAAUAUUCAAGCCCGACAACAGGUUAUUGAACUUGCCCGCCAGUUGAAUUUCAUUCCCGUUGACUUGGGAUCCUUAUCAUCAGCCAGAGAGAUUGAAAAUUUACCCCUACGACUCUUUACUCUCUGGAGAGGGCCAGUGGUGGUAGCUAUAAGCUUGGCCACAUUUUUUUUCCUUUAUUCCUUUGUCAGAGAUGUGAUUCAUCCAUAUGCUAGAAACCAACAGAGUGACUUUUACAAAAUUCCUAUUGAGAUUGUGAAUAAAACCUUACCUAUAGUUGCCAUUACUUUGCUCUCUCUGGUAUACCUAGCAGGUCUCCUGGCAGCUGCUUAUCAACUUUAUUACGGCACCAAGUAUAGGAGAUUUCCGCCUUGGCUGGAAACCUGGUUGCAGUGUAGAAAACAGCUCGGAUUACUAAGUUUUUUCUUCACUGUGGUCCAUGUUGCCUACAGCCUCUGCUUACCAAUGAGAAGGUCAGAGAGAUAUUUGUUUCUCAACAUGGCUUAUCAGCAGGUUCAUGCAAAUAUUGAAAACUCUUGGAAUGAGGAAGAAGUUUGGAGAAUUGAAAUGUAUAUCUCCUUUGGCAUAAUGAGCCUUGGCUUACUUUCCCUCCUGGCAGUCACUUCUAUCCCUUCAGUGAGCAAUGCUUUAAACUGGAGAGAAUUCAGUUUUAUUCAGUCUACGCUUGGAUAUGUCGCUCUGCUCAUAAGUACUUUCCACGUUUUAAUUUAUGGAUGGAAACGAGCUUUUGAAGAAGAGUACUACAGAUUUUAUACACCGCCAAACUUUGUUCUUGCUCUUGUUUUGCCCUCAGUUGUAAUUCUGGGCAAGAUCAUUUUAUUCCUUCCAUGUAUAAGCCGAAAGCUAAAACGAAUUAAAAAAGGCUGGGAAAAGAGCCAAUUUCUGGAAGAAGGUAUUGGAGGAACAAUUCCUCAUGUCUCCCCAGAGAGGGUCACAGUAAUGUGAUGAUAAAUGUUGUUCACAGCUGCCAUAUAAAAUUCUACUCAUGCCAUUAUUUUUAUGACUUCUACAUUCAGUUACAAGUAUGCUGUCAAAUUAUUGUGGGUUGAAACUUGUUAAAUGAGAUUUCAACUGAAUUAGUGAUAGAGUUUUCUUCAAAUUAAUUUUCACAAAUGUCAUGUUUGCCAAUAUGAAUUUUUCUAGUCAAUAUAUUAUUGUAAUUUAGGUAUGUUUUGUUUUGCCCAACUGUAACCCUAUUGUUACUUUAUAUUUCAUAAUCAGGCAAAAAUACUUACAGUUAAUAAUAUAGAUACAAUUUUAAAAACAAUUUGCAAACCAGCAGAAUUUUAAGCUUUUAAAAUAAUUUAAUGGAUAUACAUUUUUUCUGAAGAUUAAGAUUUUAAUAUUCAACUUAAAAAGUAGAAAUGCAUUAUCAUAUGUUAUUUUUAAGAAAGGACAUAUUAUAUUAGCAUCUAGGUAAGGGUGCAUGAUAGCAUUCCUAUAUUUCUCUCAUAAAAUAGGAUUUGAAGGAUGAAAUUAAUUAUAUGAAGCAAUGUGAUUAUAUGAACAGACACAAAUUAAAAAGACAAAUUAAACCUGAAAUUAUAUUUAAAAUAUAUUGGAGACAUGAAAUACAUACUGAUAAUACAUACCUCAUGAAAGCUUUUAUUCUUUAUUGUGUUACAGAGCAGUUUCAUUUUCAUAUUAAUAUACUGAUCAGGAAGAGGAUUCAGUAACAUUUGGCCUCCAAAAGUGCUAUCUCUUAAUACAGUACCAAUCCUGGGAAUUGUAUAAUAGUUCAUACUUAGAACAAAAGUAUCAAGUUUGCACACAAGUAGUCUGUCAACUGACCUUUGUCGCACCUUAACCAGUCACCACUUGCUAUGGUAUGGGAUUAUACUGAUGUUCUUUGAGGGACUGUGAUGUGCCAGGCAUGGUUCUAAGUACUUUACUUGUAUUAUCUCAUUUAAUACUUAGAACAACCCCGUGAGAUAAGUAGUUAUUAUCUUCAUUUUACAUAUGAGGGACCAAAGGAUAGAAAAGUUAUUUUCCAAAGGUCAUGCAGUUAAUAAAUGGUGGAGUGAGCAAUCAAGUCCAGGUAGUCAUAUUCCAGAGGCCACGGUUUUAACCACUAGGCUCUAGAGCUCCCGCCGCAGCCCUAUGCAUUGUGUUCACAAUGCCAAUCUAGAUGCUUUCUCUUUUGUAUAAAGUCACUGACAUUCUUUAGAGUGGGUUGGGUGCAUCCAAAAAUUGUAUAAAAAUAUUAUUAUAAUAAACUUAUGACUGCUUGUAGGGUAAUUCACAGUUACCCUAUUCUUGGUUGUAACACGAGCCUGGAGACCCGUGGCAGUCCAUAUGCCUCCCUAUGCAGUGAAGGGCCCUAGCAGUGUUAACAAAUUGCUGAGAUCCCAUAGAGUCUUUCAAAAAUCUCUGUAGACCUGAUCUUCUCCUUUUCUCUUCCUGAGAAGUUCUCCUGCCUGCAUAACCAUUCAUUAGGUAGCAAUUUACAAGCAUGAAGGAUAUUAGGGUAAGUGGCUAAUUAUAAAUCUACUCUAGAGACAUGUAAUCAUACAGAUUAUUCAUAAAAUUUUUCAGUGCUGUCCUUCCACAUUUAAUUGCAUUUUGCUCAAACCAUAGAAUGUCCUACAUUCCCCCCACCCCCAUUUGCUAUUUCUUUAUUAAAAUAGAAAAUUAUAGACAACAUACAAUUAUAUGCAUUCCUCUUCCUGAAAUUAUAACAUUUCUAAACUUACCCACAUAAGUACUACUGAAUCCAGCUGCCAACAAUAAAAAGACUUUUAUUUAGUAGAGACUACCUUUCCCACCAGUGGCUCUUUUCCUACAACUGCAUUGUCAGUUUGGUAAUUCACUCAUGAUUCUCUAAUGCUCUUCUCUUGGUGAAUUUUAUUAUCUUGUACUUUCUAACUGAGCUCUCUCUUUUCUUUAUUUUAAUUAUAUUUCUCCCCACUUGAUAAUCACUUGUUAGUUCUUGGUAGGAAUUCAGUUGGGCAAUGAUAACUUUUAUGGGCAAAUACCUAAACAUUCUAUUAUAGUGAACUAAUGAAAAUAACAGCAUAUUUUCAGUAUUUUCUUGUUCCUUAAAUUCCAGUUAACACUAUGCUUAACCGUUUAAUGUGAAAACGAAAUGAAAUAUUCCUAAAAGUCAGAUGACUAUUAAAGCAUAUAUUGUUGCAUGUAUGUAUUAAGUAGCCAAUACUCUAAAAAUAUCACUGUUACAGAUAAAUGAGGCCUUUAAAAAUAUGAAAAACAAACUUUUGUGAAAAUGUAUAAAAGAUACAUCUGUUGUUUCGAAUGGCACUAUCUUCUUUUCAGUACUACAAAAACUGAAUAAUUUUGAAGUUUUAGAAUAAAUGUAACAUAUUUACUAUAAUUCUAAAUGUUUAAAUGCUUUUCUAAAAAUGCAAAACUAUGAUGUUUAGUUGCUUUAUUUUAAUUCUAUGUGAUUAUUUUUCUUAAUUGUUAUUUUUUUAUAACCAUUAUUUUUCUGAACCAUUCUUCUGGCCUCAGAAGUAGGACUGAAUUCUACUAUUGCUAGAUGUGAGAAAGUGGUGAUGAGAACCUUAGAGCAGUGGAGAUUUGCUACCUGGUCUGUGUUUUGAGAAGUGCCCUUUAGAAAAUUAAAAGAAUGUAGAAAAGAUACUCAGUCUUAAUCCUAUGCAAAAAGAAAAAAAAUCAAGUAACUUUUUUCCUGUGAGGAAAAUAACCAUGAGCUGUAUCAUGCUACUUAGCUUUUAUGUAAAUAUUUCAUAUGUCUCCUGUAUUAAGAAUAUUUAAAAUCAUAUUUAAAUAGGAAUAUAUUCAUGCUAACAUUAUUUUUCAAAAUAUACAUGGAAAUUUAGCCCAGAUUGUCUACAUGUAAGGUUUUUAUUUAAACUGUAAAAUAUUUAAAAGUAUGAAUAAAAUAUAUUUAUAGGUAUUUAUCAGAGAUGAUUAUUUUGUGCUACAUACAGGUUGGCUAAUGAGCUCUAGUGUUAAACUACCUGAUUAAUUUCUUAUAAAGCAGCAUAACCUUGGCUUGAUUAAGGAAUUUUACUUUCAAAAAUUAAUCUGAUAAUAGUAACUUAAAGCAUAUUAUACUUUCAUUACAAUCAAAUUAUAGAAAUUACUUGUAUAAAAGGGCUACAAGAAUAUACACAAUUUUAAAAUAUUUUCAUAUAUCUCCUAUCUAAUAUGAUAACUUAAUUCUAAUAAAUUACCACUUGCCAUUAAGCUAUUUCAUAAUAAAUUCUGUACAGAGUUUCCCCCCAAAAAAGAGAUUUAUGUAUGAAAUAUUUAAAGUUUCUAAUGUGAUAUUUUAAAUAAAGUAUCAUAAAUGUAGUAAGUAAAUAUUUAUUUAGGAAUACUGUGAACACUGAACUAAUUAUACCUGUGUCAGUCUAUGAAAUCCCUGUUUUGAAAUAAGUAAACAGUCUAAAAUGUGUUGAAAUUAUUUUGUAAAUCCAUGACUUAAAGCAGGAUACAUACAUAGUAUAACACACCUCACAGUGUUAAGAUUUAUAUUAUGAAAUGAGAUGCCCUACCUUCAAUUGUUCAUCAAUCAGUAAAACAAAUUCUGAUAUAUAUUCAGUACAAAUGAUUAGCCCUGAAUGAAAUGUAAUAAUUUCAGUGGAAACUCAAUCUGUUUUUACCUUUAAACAGUGAAUUUUACAUGAAUGAAUGGGUUCUUCACUAUUUUUUUAGUAUGAGAAAAUUAUACAGUGCUUAAUUUUCAGAGAUUCUGUCCAUAUACUAAAAAUGUUUUGUUCAGCCUAACAUACUGAGUUUUUUUAACUUUCUAAAUUAUUGAAUUUCCAUCGUGCAUUCAUCCAAAAUUAAGGCAAACUAUAUGGAUUCUUCCAGUGGCCAGAUGAGCUAAAUUAAAUCACAAAAGCAGAUGCUUUUGUAUGAUCUCCAAAUUGCCAACUUUAAGGAAAUAUUCUCUUGAAAUUGUCUUUAAAGAUCUUUUGCAGCUUUGCAGAUAUUCAGACUGAGCUGGAACUGGAAUUUGUCUUCCUAUUGACUCCUUUAAAAGCUGCUGCCCAUUACAUUCCUGAACUGUCCUUGCAGUUAGGUGUACAUGUGACUGAGUGUAGGCCAGUGAGAUGAAGUCUCCUCAAAGGAAGGCAGCAUGUGUCCUUUUUCAUCCCUUCAUCUUGCUGCUGGCAUUGUGGAUAUAACAGGAGCCCUGGCAGCUGUCCCCAGAGAAUCAAGGCCACACCCAAAGAGGAAGGCAGAUUAGAGACCAGAAAGACCUUGACUACUUCCCUACUUCCACUGCUUUUUCCUGCAUUUCAGCCAUUGUAAAUCUGGGUUUGUUACAUGACGUGAAAAUUAAUCCUUUCUGCCCUACAGUUCUUUAUCCUGAUACUGUUUAACACUGUCUGAAUUAACUAGACUGCAAUAAUUCUUACUUUUGAAAGCUUUUAAAGGAUAAUGUGCAAUUCACAUUAAAAUUGAUUUUCCAUUGUCAAUUAGUUAUACUCAUUUUCUUGCCUUGAUCUUUCACUAGAUAUUUUGUAUCUGCUUGGAAUAUAUUGUCUUCUUUUUAACUGUGUAAUUGGUAAUUACUAAAACUCUGUAAUCUCCAAAAUAUUGCUAUCAAAUUACACAUGUUUUCUAUCAUUCUCAUACUGCCUUAUAAACAUUUAAAUAAAAAGUAAUUUAAUGCUUUAA